GCCAGUCUUGACGAGGCGCUGUGGCUUACAGAGGAGGACCUCCAGAAAGGAACCUUGAUCAACCUCUGUGUGUGUCUUCAAGAAAAAGCAGCAGCUCCAGAGACAAGAUGCCUCUUAAGGUUGCAGUGCUGCUUUUAGCGGUGGUGUGUGUGUGGCAUGUGGACGAGUGUGUGUGCUUCCCUAACGGCUCGGUGGCGCUCUCCUGUGGCAACAUGAUGCCCAUGCACCCACCCUUCACACCCUCCACCGGCAGCCCACCAUUCACACUGUCUACGUCCAGUGCCUCCUACAGGCCUGGUGGAGUCAUUACAGUGACGUUGGAGGUGGUGAAGAACAGCUCCACAGAGUUCCAGGGUUUCCUGUUGCAGGCCAGGAGCAGGGGGGGACACGCUCUGUUGUGGCCUGUAGGAAAGUUCACCAACAUCGACACCACCCUGUUUACUGCACUGCACUGUAAAAACAUGGAGAACUCGACUGUCAGUCAGGCUUCAGGAGCCAAGAGGAAUAAAGUCCAGCUGACCUGGGCAUCACCUAGCAACAGUAACUAUGGUGAUAUCUACUUCAGCGCCACUCUGGUCCAGGACUACACAACAUUCUGGGUUCAGCUUAACAGCAGCACUCUGAGACUGGACAGCAGUGGGAACUCUGCAGCUGGAGCCUUUUCCUCCUCAGCUCUGCUCUUCAUCAGUCUGCUGAGUCUGCCUGCCUACUGCUGACACACACAAACACACACAGAAGUUGUGUCUUUUUAAGCCUGUUACUGGUCAAACAGUGAAAAUGGAGAAGGUUUUUAUUAGUGCAACAUUUCCACCUUUGUUAGUUGAACAUCCAUGUGAAUAUAGAGACAACAUAUUGUCACAGUCCCAGCUACAAUUAGGAGAUCACAUGACUGCUUCGCCAACAUGAGUGUCUCCAAUCAAAACAGACACGCACUGCUUUUUUAUUUCCUUUGAACAAUGUUAUUAGAUAUUCAGAGACACAACACAGGCAUUACUGUCUUUAGGGGGCAGUCCAGGA